UGGGCUCCAGUAACAAGGAAUAAAAACCCUCCCAGUGCCAGGAGGAAGCAAACAGUCAUGAUGGCUUUCUAUUGGCAACGAGCAGUGGUUUUGAGCCUGGCCGUGGUCAUGUUGGUCAAUGCAGACAUGAAGCUGGACUGUAGGCCUGACGCCGUGACGGUGGUGUGGACUAAGGGCAAAUCCCAGGCUGAUACCUCGCUCUUCCGUCUGGGAAGCUGCUUCCCCACCAGCUUCUCGGCCACCGAGGCAGUUUUCAGAGUGGAUUUCAAUGACUGUAGCUUCAGAAGACUUGUAACUGGUGAUUACUUGAUGUACACCAAUGAUCUGACCUACGGUUCUUCUGACUCCCAAUCUCUGGCCUUCACUCAUCCUGUUGUCUGUGCAUUUGAAAGGCCUAAAGACUGGUACCCUAUGAUUUAUGACCCUGUGUUCAGUACACAUGGUGUGGGACAUCUUGUGUUCCACAUUGGACUCAUGAAUGAUGACUUCUCAGGCCCUGCUGAGUCUGCUACCUUUGCUCUGGGAUCCUUCAUCCCGAUCAUGGCCAGCGUGUCACAGAAAACCCAUCAGCCCUUGCUUCUGCUUCUUGAGGAAUGCGUCGCAGCGACCACACGGGAGCUGCAGCCUGACAGCCCUGUGUACCCCAUAAUCGCCAAUAAGGGAUGCCUCGUGGACAGCAGGAUGUCUGGCUCAAAAUUUGAACCAAGACAGAAAUCAUCAGAGCUCCACCUAUCCCUUCAGGCCUUUAGGUUUGGUCUUGGUGAAGAGGUGUUCAUCCACUGUAAGCUUGUGGCUUGGGAUCCCAACGGUCUUGACAGCACCAAGAAGGCCUGCCACUAUGUCAAAGAGCAUGGCUGGGAGCUGCUGGACAACUAUGCCUACAGCACUCUCUGUGACUGCUGUGACUCGGCCUGCAAGUCCAGGAGGACCAGGAGUAUAGAAUCGGUUUCACAUGGAGUGGCACAAAAAGCAGUCCUUGGACCGCUUACCAUUACUGAGACUUCUUGAAGUCUCCAUAGGAAUGGAUCAAUGCUGCAACUAGUUUCUGACUUGUAUAUUAGGCUUUGGAAGCUUCUGAAAACUCAAUUGCCAUUAUGGAUAUCGGAUCAUAUUAAAGAUGUAACUUAAGCUCGUGUUCGUCUCUUUAAUGGGUUUUCGUCAUGGCUUAAUCAGCAGAUCAUGUAAUUUUACACUUUCUACCAACUAGCUUUAACAAUGGGAUUUUUAUAGAAUACUACUAUGGAAUAUUUAUCCAACAAGUUGUCUUAUGCCUCUCCUGGUGAAGUACAUGAGAAAUGGUCCAUAUCUUGAUGGCUCAGCUGUUUCUACAGUGACUGCUCUCUGCUUACUUUAAAAUAAACCCAUAAUUGUGUAGACUGUGAAAUGUCCUGGAAUUCAAGCAGGACUAUGUCUAUUCUGGGACUACCUCCAUUUAAAGAUCUACUGGAAUAAAAGCAUGUGAAACUCCUCGUCCCUAC